UGGCAGCACUGGCCUGGACAUAUCCGAAGCCCGCGCAUACAUCCCCAUGCCAUCCCAUGCUAAACCUAUCAUUUUCCUUCAUCUGCUUAGUUUCCCUCUGCACAAUCUGGCUGCAACCGAUUGCAACAUCUACUCGAUCGAGACAAGAAUGGCGCACUGAUGACAACAACUACGGACGCUUGAGCCCAACGAGGCUAUGCGCCCUAACCCAACAAGUACAACAAGGCCAGCUUGAUAGGUGAAAAUGUCCCAGUCUGUCAAGAACCCUACAGGAGGCGGCGUGGCUCCCAAGCGGUCAGCGGCAGACGAUCGAGAGGCGUCGAGCAAGGCGCGGCGGACGGACGCUGAUGCCCCGGCGCCGCCGCCGAAAAUAUCAAUGAGCCUGGGCCCCAAGAAGCCGGCAACGGGCGCUGUUCCGCCGCCCAAGCCGCCGGUCAAAGCCAUCUCCAUGAAACUCGGCAGUAAGCCGCCAUCGAGCGGGCCGGCGCCGGCGGCGCUGCUGAAGCCCAAGUCGCUGCUAGCGGCGCGCGCGUUCGGCGAUGGCGACAGUGACGAUGAAGAGGAAGAGAUGCCGCCAGAGGCCAAAAUGAGGAUGAAGAACAUCGGCAGGGAAACGCCGACGUCCGCCGGGCCAAAUUCGUUCGGAAAAACCAAGAUUGGAUUUUGCGACAGCAAAAAGAAGCGAGACAGGGACCUGGAAGAGAGCGUCGCUGAUGAAUGAGUGUCGUUGCGCUGUGUAAAAGUGAGGGCCGUUUUUCAUGUGUGUGCUUUGGGGUGAGGGUUGGGGCCGGGGGGAGGGGAGGGGUGUGUUGUAGAGCUGGGUAAUUCGAGUUAGGGUAGUGUAUUCAUAUUGUUCAUACCUCAUCAAUCGACUCAUUUUUUUGCAUGAUAAUUUUUAACCGUUCGCUUGAGUUACAGGUAUUUUGCCUAAAUUUCUUUUAAAAUCACGCUUUUUGGUACGUUCUUGUCUACGCCAAGUGUUAUAUUCGUCUACGUUCGCUGAAUUAUACACAGGGAACUGAUGUGUACCAUUGGUCUAAAAAGUUACACGACCAGUAGUUUGGAUGCGAUUAAUACCCUGAUUCUCACCUCUACCCGGUUAGGCCGGGGUGCCUCGGUCUGAAUCUGACAGCUAAGUCGUACUGACAGCUGGGUCGUACUGACAGCUGACAGCUGUCGUUCUGACAGCUAGGGGUGUGUUCACGGCGUCCACACUACUGGUUGUAGAGCUGUAGAUCAAUAGUACACUGUCUCUAGUGAAUGAUGGCUGGAAAUUCGUGAACCACUGGAUGUUGAUGAUUUGGUGUCAUGCCGUAGGGCGUGCGAUGCGAGACAGGUGAAAAGGAAUCAAAUAUUGGAUGAGCUCUUUGUACAAUUAUAUUGGUUAGAUUGUCUCCAUCAACAUUCAGCACCCAGUUAUAGUUCCGUAUCGGUUUCAUGCACAUCGCACGUGCCGUCGGUCGGGAAUCCCCACAGUGUUCAUGCUGGUUCUGUCAAUUGCACGUUUUUGGCACUCUGCAGUUGAACAAUUGGUAUACGCAGACGCGCAUUGUUGGCUUUGAAGCAGCGAAGUCGUUUUUAUCCAUCACCUCAAUUAAUACUGUGAAUCGUUUGUCCAUUUUUGGAAUUUGACGUUGCUUGAGAAGUGCUAAAUUUGCAAUGAGUGUGCGAACUCGAACCAGCGAUGUCCGUGUCGAAUACAUGUCAUUUACUACCGCA